GUUGAAUUUUGAACUUGGAGUGGAAGAAUUAGUUUUGUCUUUGUUAUUUUGUAAGUUCUUUGAAAGAGGAAAAAUAUGUAUGAAUUGAAAAGUGAUUAUGAAAUAUGGGUUAUUCUGUUCACUUGACCAAUCUUUAAAACUUUUCGAUGCUAACAACCUUUUGGGAUCUAACAUCACUGGAAGGUUUGAAUGUUAAUACUCUCUUCAUCCGUAUUUGAUAUUCAGCAAAGUGGGUGGUGUUUUUGUGAGGUUGUGGAGCUGGAGCUUCAACCGUGGACACAACAAUCUCUGCCUGAAAGCAUAAUGAGUGUGUCACAUAAAUAUAAUUAGCUUAGCCUAUAAUUCAGAAACACCAGUUACACCUUCAGCAAAUGUGUGACUAUGUUUUGUUUCCAUCUUUCUACAUUUUGAUGUGGGCAUGAGUUAAAUGACUGUUAGUAUCUUUAGAGGGAGUGAAAGGUGACAACUUGAAGUUCUCUUUGUAGUAAUUUGCUACUGACACCCUACUAAUUCACCAUGUUUCGUAUUGUGUUGAUGCCUGCUUGUGCAAUUCAAAAGUUUUUCUGUUUCUCUUGUCACGUUCUUCUGAUCCGCCAAAGCUUGAAAUUGGGUUAAUGACACCGUGGAUCAUCAUAAUGAAUGGAUUUUUAUUGACGGAAAUCAUUUCUAUUCUCUUUUGCAAAAGAAAGUGCAAGGCAAAUGAAUGGCUUUGGGAAUAUGGUGUUCAAUAUUUUAAGGUCAUGAAAUGAGUGUGCUGAACGUAGUUAGAGGAUCCUCUGAUUGAGAUGGCUCAAUUGCUAUCAUCCUCUUACUCNUUNACUAUCUGCUCUAGAAAUAAACCUUACUUAAAACCUUUUAAGCAAUGCUCGACACCAUUUUCAAUAGCGGUUUCUUGCAAUAAUUCUAAACCUUCAUCUAGAGGGUUUUUCUUGCANGAACAGAAGCUAAGAAAACAUUCUCUAUCAGUACAUGCUGCUGCAGUUUCAACUAGCCAGGAAACCCCAGUUCAAACUAGCUCUGGUAAUCCUUUUAAACCACAGAGAGUCAUGGUCAUUGGUGGAGAUGGAUACUGUGGUUGGGCAACUGCUCUCCAUCUUUCUAACAAGGGUUACGAGGUUGCCAUUGUUGACAGUCUUGUGCGACGCCUUUUUGAUCACCGGCUUGGACUGGAGUCUCUAACACCAAUUUCCUCCAUCCAGAAUCGUCUUCAUUGUUGGAAAUCUCUCACUGGAAAAAAUAUUGAGCUCUACAUUGGAGACAUAUGUGAUUUUGAGUUCUUAUCUGAAACCUUCAAGACAUUUGAACCUGAUGCUGUUGUCCACUUUGGGGAACAACGGUCUGCUCCUUACUCUAUGAUAGAUCGGUCAAGAGCUGUGUAUACCCAGCAUAAAGGAUAAUACAAUAAAGUGAUUAGUUUUGCAAAUAUAAUAAGUUAAAAUUGUAUUUUAUCUUAAGUCAAUCCUUGGUCAAUUUGUAUGUGGUACUUAUAAGCUUGUUUUUGACCUUAGUAGUUCUCUAUGCCUCUUUGCUUUUUUGUGAUGACAAAGUUGUAUUCAAAUCAUUAAUUUAAACUUUUUUUGUAUAAUUAAAGUAACAUGUGAGAUAUAGAGUUUGUGAA